AUGUCGCUGUGGGGUUUGAGAUUUCACCAUACGGCCAAGAUGCCAGAGACUGUGCGCAAGAAGGCAGUCAGGGAUGGAUACAAGCAGCUUGACUCUCUUGUCACUCUCCGAGAUCGCGCUAUUGUGUUUGCUUCGUCCGAGGCUGACACUGAUGGUGAUGAAGCUGGCUCUGACUCAUGGGAGCAUGGCUCGGACGGUGAUAUUGAAGCCACCACUGAGCACGAGUCUGACCAGGAGGAAGAGAAUGAUGGCGAGGACCCGUGGGAGGCGCAGGCUGCAGCAAGCGCUGCAGCCGUGGAGGAGGAAGACGCCGCUGACUCGCAAGGCGACACUGGAUCUGAAGAGAACGCCGGAAACACCAACCUAUCCGAUGCUGAGACCGCCGUGGAUGAGAACUUCAAUCAUCACAUGAAGGUCCUGGCUGCCGCUUUGUCUGGCGCCUCCGCUCCUGCUCAGGAUUUUCCCGUUGACACCACGGCAGCGGAGAGUUCGGGAACUACCAACCAGUUUCUUACAAAUGAUCCCGGAAGCAGCGAAGAAGGGAGUAGUCAGUCCUUGGGUCAAGCCAUGGAUGUUGACUCCCGGUCAACUGUCAGUACUGAAGGCACAGACAUCGAGGGCAACCCGGAGGGCACCAAUUCAGAGGGCACUGGUACGGAUGGCAACCCAGGGGGCAACAGCCCAGAAUCAGAAUGGCUGACGAAUACCCCUGGUUCUCCCUACUACAACGGAGUGGCCAGCUCUCCCAACAACGCCAACAGCUCUAGCCAGGCUGGCGAGGCUACAGUGACUCAGCAAGACGGGGAGGCAGACGCCAACUCUGUCGGGGAGGUGGACGACCAACCCUUCGAGCCCAACGACAUCCACGUCCCUGUGUAUAGACGGCCCAGCACGCUUUUUGACACCCCUCCGACUUGGGCCGACCAGUAUAAAAAGUUCUUCGACAAAGCCUUUGCGGUCUGGUGUGUGUUCUAUAACACUAGUGCCCCCAGACCCCUCCGCCAACGACUCAGAGAUCAGGAUACGCACGAGGCGGCCGUCAAGCGGUAUAAUCUAAUUAACUUGGGACUUUACCCUUGUGUCACCGCUGAACAUCUCCUGGAGCUGAAGCUUCGCAUCGACGAUGCCGCUCGCUUCUGCGAUUUCCUGACUGCCAAUAUGUUGGAGAUCGAUCAUGCCAAGGACCAGAGAAAGGAGGUCAUAUACACCUAUCCUGCCAACUCACCGCUUCGACUCCGAACCAAAGGCCUCGGAAGUUCUCUGCGCUACGCGACCCAUGUCGACGAGGGCUGGGAUGACCUGGAGGACAACUGGGGAAUGCCUCCUAUCCCAAAGAAAAGAAGCCUAAUUCAGUCUCACGCAUCAGAAAAAAUGUCUUGGUGA